AUGCACGGAAGAACACCUUCCUUGGAGGAAGAACCAGACGAAGAGAGCAUCUGGACGCCCCUCCAGCUAGCCGCCGCGCAAGGCGAUCUGCCCCAUGUGAAGCUUCUCCUGAGACAGCUCUCCAGCAACCCCAACGAGCCCGCCCGCGGCUACUACGGCCAAACCGCACUUCAGGCGGCCUCAGCCAACGGCCAUCUCGACGUGGUCGAGACGCUCCUAGCCGCAGGGUCGGAAGUGGAUGCGCCCGGGGGCAACAACGGCGGCCGCACCGCGCUCGCCCUAGCCGCAGGCGCCGGUCACUUCCCCAUCGUCCGCCAUCUGGUCGCCGCCGCAGGCGCGGACAUCCGCCGUCCCCCGCACAAAUACAUGGGACGCACCGCCGUGCAGGCCGCAGCGGAGGGCGGCCAUCUCGAGAUCUUACGAUGGCUGCUACACCAGCUCAAACAGCCGCCCGUCGCGGAACUCAACGCCCCGCCGGCCAGCAACCGGGGCCGGACCGCGCUGCAGGCCGCGUCGCUGGGCGGCCAUGACGAGAUGGUGGACUUCCUGCUCCAUGCCGGUGCGCAUGUGAAUGCACCAGCCUCGAGAUAUCAUGGCUUCACGGCGCUCCAGGGCGCGGCCUUGAACGGUCACCGGUCCGCCGUCCGUCGACUGUUGGCGGCUGGGGCGGAUGUGAACGCCCCCGGCGCGCGGUACAAUGGCUACACGGCCCUGGCGGCAGCGGCCGAAGGCGGCCACGCGGACAUUGUGCGACUCUUGCUGGACGCCGGCGCGGAUGCCGCCCUGGUGUCUGGGAAUAAGAGUUGGACAGCCUCGCGGUUUGCGGUUUGGCGGGGACAGAAGGAGAUCGUGCAGCUUCUAAGUAACUAA